UGCUGAUGCCACUCUACAAGUAAUCUCCUACUUCACAAAACCCCUUACACACCCAUUUCAAAUUUCUCAAGCAGAGAAUGAGCAAACUGGGACUCAGAGUCGCUCUCUCCCGAUCAAUUGCACACUCUCUUCGACUCUUUCUUCCCAAAUCACAUCCACCACAACCUCACCUUUCUCGCCCAUUCCAAGUCUCCACUCAAAAUUUCUUCUAUAGCUUCAAUAGACUCAUCAACACUUCUUCCCCUGACGACCUCGAUGGAUUAAUCGAUCCCGACCUCAAUUUUCCGGGAAACUCCUCAUCUUUCCCAGAUAGUUCGCGGGUCGAAUCGGAAUUUGCCUUUCUGCGCGACUCGUUGGUGGACUCUGGUGCUGAAUGUAGCUCUUCAGAGGACAAAUUUGGGUCUGGUAUGUACUGUAAUGACGCUUUAUUGAUUUCGAAUGCUAUUAAGAACAGUGAUGAUGGGUUUGGGGAUAAAACCCACAAGUUUCUUAGGCAGUUUAGGCAGAAAUUGAAUGAGUCUUUGGUGGUUGAUGUGUUGAAACUUCUACAGAAUGCUGAAAUGGGUGUGAAGUUUUUCAUAUGGGCUGGUCGACAGAUUGGUUAUAGUCACAGUCUGUCUGUAUAUAAUGCAUUAUUAGAUGUAUUAGGAUGUGAUGAGAAUGAUAGAGUGCCGGAUUGUUUUCUUCGAGAAAUUAAGGAUGAUGAUAAGGAGGUGCUUAGGAAGUUGCUUAAUGUGUUGAUUCGGAAAUGUUGCCAAAAUGGGUUGUGGAAUUUAGCAUUGGAAGAGCUAGGGAGGCUUAAGGAUUUCGGAUACAAGCCCUCACAAGCUACUUAUAAUGCUUUAAUUCAGGUGUUUUUAAAAGCAGAUAAAUUGGAUACAGCAUAUUUGGUUCAUAGGGAGAUGUCAAAUUCAGAUAGUCGCAUGGAUUGUCAAACGUUGGGUUGCUUUGUGUAUUCUCUUUGCAGAGCAGGUAAGUGGAGAGAAGCACUAGAUUUGAUUGAAAAGGAAGAGUUUGUUCCCGAUACUGUAAUUUAUACACAUAUGAUAUCUGGGUUAUGUGAAGCUUCGCUUUUUGAAGAAGCUAUGGAUUUCUUGAAUAGGAUGCGGUCUAGUUCUUGCAUUCCUAAUGUUGUAACAUUCAGGAUAUUGCUUUGUGGUUGUUUGAAUAAAAAACAGCUUGGUAGGUGUAAGAGAAUACUUAAAAUGAUGAUGACAGAAGGUUGUUAUCCAAGUCCUAAAAUAUUUAAUUCUCUUGUUCAUGCUUACUGCAGAGCUGGAGACUAUUCCUAUGCCUAUAAGUUGCUCAAUAAAAUGGCAAAUUGUGGUUGCCAACCAGGUUAUGUGGUUUAUAAUAUAUUAAUCGGUGGUAUAUGUGGCAAUAUGGAGUUACCAAGUGAAGGUGUUUUAGAAUUGGCUGAAAAUGCUUACCGUGAAAUGCUUGCUGCUGGGAUUGUACUAAAUAAAGUCAAUGUCAGCAAUUUUGCACGGUGCCUUUGUGAGGCUGGUAAAUUUGAGAAAGCAUAUAAUGUUAUUGGUGAGAUGAUGAGUAAGGGAUUUAUACCCGACUGUAAUACAUACUCCAAAGUUAUUGGUUUUUUGUGUAAUGCCUCAAAAGUAGAAAAUGCUUUUCUAUUGUUUGAAGAAAUGAAACGGAAAGGUAUUGUUCCAGAUGUCUAUACAUAUACAAUAUUAAUUGAUACUUUUUGUAAAGCUGGCCUUAUUCAACAGGCUCGCAAAUGGUUUGAUGAAAUGGUAAGGGAUGGUUGUUCCCCUAAUGUGGUGACUUAUACCGCUCUUAUCCAUGCUUACCUUAAAGCAAGGAAGGUGUCCAAUGCAAAUGAGCUGUUUGAGAGGAUGUUGUUGGAAGGUGUCAUUCCAAAUGUUGUCACAUUCACUGCAUUGAUAGAUGGUCACUGUAAAGCUGGAGACAUUGAAAAAGCAUGCAAGAUUUAUGCGAGAAUGAGGGGAAGUGGGGAGAUCUCUGAUGUAGAUAUGUACUUUAGGAUUGAUAGUGACUCUCAGGAACCAAAUAUUGUUACAUAUGGAGCUUUGAUUGAUGGUUUGUGCAAAGCACACAAGGUUCAAGAAGCUCAUGACUUAUUAGCUGCAAUGUCAGUUGAAGGAUGUGAGCCAAAUCACAUUGUAUAUGAUGCUCUUAUUGAUGGAUUUUGCAAGGCUGGGAAGUUAGAUCGAGCAGAAGAGGUUUUUGCUAAGAUGUCACAACGUGGCUACAAUCCAAAUGUUUAUACUUACAGCUCUUUGAUUGACAGAUUGUUUAAGGACAAACGGCUUGAUCUUGCUUUAAAAGUCUUAUCUAAAAUGCUAGAAAAUUCUUGCCCUCCCAAUGUUAUUAUCUACACAGAGAUGAUUGAUGGACUUUGUAAAGCUGGGAAGACUGAUGAAGCCUAUAAACUUAUGAUGAUGAUGGAAGAAAAGGGGUGCCGUCCGAAUGUUGUGACUUAUACCGCUAUGAUAGAUGGCUUUGGAAAAGCAGGGAAAGUUGAGAAGUGCCUUGAACUCUUGAGAAAGAUGGGUACCAGUGGUUGUGCUCCAAAUUAUAUCACUUAUACGGUUUUAAUAAAUCAUUGCUGUGCUGCUGGUCUUUUGGAUGAGGCUCACCAACUCCUGGAGGAGAUGAAGCAAACGUAUUGGCCUAGGCAUAUUGCAAGCUAUCGUAAGGUCAUUGAAGGCUUCAACCGAGACUUCAUCGUCAAUCUUGGCCUUCUAGAUGAGAUAAGUGAAAAUGACUCUGUUCCGGUUACUCCAGUUUACAGAAUUCUGAUUGAUAGCUUUUGCAAGGCUGGAAAACUAGAGGUUGCACUUGAGCUGCAUCGAGAAAUUUCAUCAUCUUCAUUACUUUUGUCUGCUGACAGGAAUAUUUAUUCUUCUUUGAUUGAGAGCCUUUCGCUUUCAUGCAAGGUCGAUAAGGCCUUUGAGUUAUAUGGGGAAAUGAUAAGGAGGGGUGGAGUACCAGAUUUAACUGUCUUCUUUCACCUCAUUAAAGGGCUUAUUAAGGUACACAGGUGGGAGGAAGCAUUUCAACUUUCAGACAGCCUAUGCAAUAUGGAUAUCUGUUGGCUCCCUAUUGAAGAUACAUUCGAGGGAAGGCAUGCCUAUCAAAUACUCAACUGAUGAUAAAUAUCACAUGCAUGGAAUUGGGCAUUUAAUUCUCAGUAGUCUUUUGUUCCCAUCAAACAAUACCAAAGUGAAGGAGAUUUGUCUAGUGGGAUUCUUGGCUUGAAGAAUAUAGAUUCCAUCCUUUGUUCUCAAUAUAUGUGAUCUGGGAUGAUGCAGGUUUUUUAUGCUGUUUGAUCUGAAUUGUUUCCACCAUUCCUUAAUUGAGUAUAACAAGGUCCAAAUCCUUCACUGCUGAAUAACGUGAGAGGCACGGGGAGAUUGGACAGAGUCUACUCAUCAUAGCAAAUCAAUCGGGCAACUAGAAGAAAUGACAGCAAGAGUAGACAAGCAACAUCAUCCUGUAUAGAAGCAAUAGCUGCACACAAAAGGUUUUAGGUUAAGUAAGACUAAACGGAAUAUAUAGAGUGCUCGAUGAAAAAAUAUAAAAUUUGCUGGGUAAGAGAAAUGAGUGACCAUUUUCGAUAUCUCAGAUCAAUUAUUCAUAAAGAUGGAAAGAAUGAAAAAGGUUGUGGCACAUAAAAUUAGAGUGAGAUGGAUGAAAUGGAGGAGAGUUGUGUGAUAGGAUGUAUGGUACAAAUGUUUGAUAGUUAAAAUAAUAAUAAUAAUAAUUGUCAAACAAUGCUUGUAAGUAAAACAAGAGUAGUGAGAUGGAUGAGUGGUGUUAAUAGAAAAGAUAAAAAUUAGAUGAAAAAUUAUUUGAGAUAAAAUGGACAUUUGAAUCAUAGAUGAGCUAAAA